AUGUCGGGAUCGGCGGGCGGGCCGGGCCCCGGCGGCGGCGGCGGGGGCAAGCUGGACAUCAACCGGGCCUGCGUGGCGGAGCUGGAGCGGGCGCUGGUCGGCAUCGGGCGCCGCCGGGCGAGGGGCAUCGUGCGCAAGCGGGAGGUGAGGGACCCAGGCGUCCGAGGGGCCCGCUCCCUUCCCCGGGGGGGGGGGACUCCGCUCCGGGCGGGAGGGGCUUUUCCGGGGGGCUCCUCUCCUCCCGGUGCGUGACGGACGGGGCGCCCUCUCCCCGCCAGGAGCUGAAGGGCUUCGCCUCCCUGGACGACCUGCUGCACGUCAAGGGGAUCACGGCGCGGAUCCUGGAGCUGAACAGCCAGCGGAUGACCUGCUCGCCGCCGCCGCCGGAGCCCGCCCGAGCCGCCGCCUGCCGGGCGUCGUCGUCCUCGGCUCCGGCGCCCGAGGUGGGCUUGGCGGCGACCUUGGCCCGCGUCUCCGGGGCGGGCGGGAGGCGGGCGGAAGAAAGCCGGGCGGGGGGCGGGCGGCCGGGCCGAGGCUCGCUGAGCCCCGCUGCCCGCUUCCCCGCGCAGGCUCCGGACGAAGAGGCGGGUCGGUCCCCGCCGCGUCCCGGGCCGCGGGAGAGCUGGGCACCGGCCUGCUUGGCGGCCGAGGAGGAGCCGGGCAGCUCCUGCCCGCCGGGGGCGGCCGACUCCGAGGAUGAGACGAGCGGCGGCGGCAGCAGCGAUGGCGAGGAGGGCGGCGGCGGCGGCGACGUCUACUUCUACUACACGGUGGACGAGCGCUGGAUCGACUACCUGGAGCGGACGGAGGGCGGCGGCCUGAUCCGGCACACGCGGCCCAAGGUGAAGAAGGGGCUGCGGGGGGAGAGGACGGGAAGAGGGAGGCUGCCCGGGAUGGGCCAGAUCCAGCAGACGCUUCUCCUUCGGAAGCUGCCGGGGGAAAGGAGCCCAGAGAAAGGGACGGGGCUCGGGGGCGCAGCAGCCGAGAGGGGCUGGGCAAGUUUUCGGUUUGGCCUUCUCUUUGGCCCGGGGCGGCUGGCAGGAGAAGAGGGUGAUGCUGGCCAGGACCUUCAGGUUCUUCCCGGAAAUGUCUGUGGCAUCAAAAGCUUGUGCUGAGCGUUUCUCAGGGGUGCAGCCAAGGGACUGUGCUGACCAAAACAAGUGGGUGGGACCACUUGAAUUUAAUGCCUUGUUCAUGAUAUCUUUUCUUUUCCUCGCUGGAGGAAUUUUUGAAGUUGGAGCACAUUUUUCCUGUGCAGAUUUGAAAUCUGCAAUUCAAGGAGGAGGGGCUGCUGGGGGCAAGUAGCCACCAUGGCUAAGCAUGCUCUGCCCUGCAAGGUGGGAGGCAGCGAUGCCUCUGAAAACCAGGUGCUGGAAGCCACAGGUGACCAGAGGUGGGGGGAGUGUUGUUCUUGGGCACAGAUUGUGCCUGUGGGUUUCCAUAAUGGGCAUCUGGUUGGUCACUGUGGGGACAGAGGGCUGGACUGGACGGGCCUUCUGAUCAGCAAGCCCAAGAGGGUCAGUGUGCUUUAGACCACACUCCCAUUCACAUCCCUUUUUGAAUCUGCACAAUGGGGUGAGCUCCUGUUGCUUUGUCCCAGAUUCUGCCAACCUAGCAGUUUGAGAGCGUGCCAGUGCAAGUACAUAAAUUGGUACUUCUGUGACAGGAAGGUAAAUGGCAUUUCUGUGCGCUCUGAUUUCCGUCACUGUGUUCAGUUGCACCAGAAGCGGUUUAGUCCUGCUGGCCACCUGACCUGGAAAAACUGUCUGCGGACAAACACCGGCUCCCUCAGGGUGAAGCGAGAUGAGCACAGCACCCCAUCGUCACCUUGGACUGCACUUCAACUGGGGUCCUUUACCUUUACUUGAUGGGCCGUUGGCCUCAUCCCGCAGGCUCUUGUGAUUCUCGGGUGUGUUCUGGCCAUCAAGGCUCCAAGGAUGAAAGGCAAAAGCCGUCAGGUGGGGAGAGGGCUGCAUCUUUAUUCCCCACCUCCUGCCCUUACGAGGUUGUUGUCCCAAAGCAGUUUGUAGAUCUGUGUUCUGAGAGAAAGUGUUGAACCUUCCAGUCUUUUGGGGAGGCAGGAGGCAUGGGGGCCCUGGCAUGGCUGCUGUGCGGUGGAGGCAGCAAGAAGGGCGCCCCACUUGACCUGAUGUGGCGCUGCGUGCAUUGCAUAGCCUUUCUUCUUGCGGAGCCGAAGGGUUUCCUGGAUCCGUGUGACUCCAUUCUGCCCCAUCUCUUUGCAUUGCAGAUGAAGCGCAAGUCAGAGAGCGGCCCGGAUGGCAGAGCCCAGUCACCUGGCAAGAAGCUGUGCAAGGGCUCCGAGAGGGGCAGGUGAGGAGGUUGCGGGUGGCGCUUGGGAGCUCCUGCAAGGUGCCGGGGGAGACGGGGUCUGUCUCCAGCCGGACUCUGGACUUGGGCCCCUGGCCAUGGCAUUCUUCUGACAUACUUGCUUCCUCUCCAGAGUGUUGGGCCCCUGUGUCGCUAGCCCCACGGCCACCUUUGGGGAUUUGCGGAACGCCAAGGCAGGCCAGGCGCGCUGCCGGCAUGUCCCCCCAAUGACACCACCCCCUGAGCUGCAGGACUGGCUGCGCACUUUCCAGGUGAGCGGCAGGCAGAGGCGCCUGUGUCUGUGUGUGAUGCAUGAGGCCCUUGGCUGGAGCCAGAGCAGGGCUGCGCUUUCUGGCUGGCUUGCAGCUGACCUUCCGACAUUCGGCAAGAGCCUUUUUCCACGAGCCGGGCAUUUGGCAGAUGUUGUGCUGUGGUGUGUUUCUCAUUUCCUGUUUUGUUUUAGGGGUUUGAUCUUAAAAGUGAGCUGAUGCAUUGUGGUGUUUCAACAUUUAGAAAGUGACAAAGCUUUUGCUUUGAUUGCUUUUGUGGGCUGCUUUGUGGCCUUGGUUCUGGCGCAGAGACGGGCUGCAAUCCUGGGUGUUGCGCUUGAUCUCCCCUUACUCCUUUCUCCCGCCAGCGCUGGAGCGGCCCAGAGAAGCUGCUGGCUCUGGAUGAGCUCAUUGACCGCUGUGAGCCUCCCCAGAUCAAGCACAUGAUGCAAGUGAUUGAGCCCCAAUUCCAGCGCGAUUUCAUAUCACUGCUGCCCAAAGAGGUGAGUGUCUCGUGGGUGGGGGACCUCGGAGGAAGAAUGCAGGGCAGCCGAGAGAGGACAGUGGGGAGUUGUUGGCCGAAGGUGUUGGUGGAAGAAUGAGCCUGCAGGGUGUUGUUAGAAAGCCUUGAGCAACAGGUCAGGAGAUCAGAAUCUGAGCCACAGUCAAGAGGGGACACGAUAGGUAGUUGUAAAAGAAGUGAAGAAGUGUGCAUGCACACAAAAGCUUAUACCAGAACAAACUUAGUUGGUCUAUAAGGCAGUAUUGGACAAUUAUUAUUUUUUUUAUUUCGACUGCGUCAGACCAACACAGCUACCUACCUGCGUCUGAAACAAAUAAGAGUCAGAACUAUUCAUACCAGCUACACAUUUUUAAAGUGUGCAUGAAAACUCACAGAAACACUAGGAUGAAGUAACAGAGAGAAACUGGAAGAAGAGAACUUUAUCUGAAGUGCAAAUGUGGCACCAGCAGGAAAAUUGAGUAGAGCCAGUUGCUUUAGCAGGAGAUGAGACACAUCAGAGAAGGAGCUAUUUGAUUUGAUUACAAGGCCUUGGAAAACUUUUAACGGCAAGAAUCAAAGUUAUCGGAGAACCUGAAGGCCUGGUGAGAAGCUAAGAGCCAGAGUUCAGUUCCUGCCAAAGAGGAGAAAAAGGAAUGAGACAGGCAAGGGAAGGAGCAGCAGCAGAGGGCGUUGCAAGAGGGAGGAAGAACGAAUCAGCCCCAGAGAGGGAGGGCGGGAGAGCUUGGCCAAGAGCAAGAGGCGGGUGUCCCAGGCCUUGUCUCUCCAAGGCAGCUGCUCAUUGUGCAGCAGAAAGUGAUGGAGAAGAGGAAAAAGUGGGUGUGUGGUAAUUGGGCAGGGAAAUCAGGCCUCUGGGAUCCAAAAGAUUUCUGGGUGCUAAGGCAAAAGUUGGGCUUUAUGCUCAAAUUAGGCUUUAAAAUGUAAAUAGAUGCAAAGUACAAAAUCUUGGUUUUUUGAAAGUGAUUGUUAAAUGGUUUUAAAUGGUGUUGUCAUAAGUGGCAGAUGGGCAGAACACUUUCAGUCAAAAGCUCCUUUUUCUUAAUUUUUAAAUAUACAAACAUUAAGGGGAGGCUGUCAAAGAUGUCAAGGGAGGGAAGAGAAGCGGUCAAUGGAUUUAGCUCGCUUGAACGUCUGCGUACGUGAGCUAAUGUAGCGCACGCUCUCUCCCUGCCUCUCCAGGCCAAAGCAGAACUUCCCUUGUGAGGUGCAGGCUACCAUUUUUAGAGCAAAAGUGGUGUCAUAGGGAGUCCUCUGUAACACAUCCAAAGAAAGCCAAAUCAGACGGGAGUGGCAAGGAGGACAAUAAGAAAUGGCAGGAGAAUGCUUGGAGGGCAAGAGAUUGGCCCAGAUGGACAGGACAGGGAGCUCAGCCGCAGACUCUGUGCUGGAUUGGAAAGGCAGGAGAGGCCUUGUGGGCUGUGAAGCAGUUUGGGAUUGCGUGGCCACAGUGGCCCUGACAGCUGCUGUGUGGGAGGAGGGCGUGGACCACGGGCUUUCCAAAAGGCCUUUGCCCAAGGCCUGGCUCUGAUCCAGCUCUCUUCUUGGAGGAGCAUUGGAGGGCUGGUGAGGGUAAAAGGAUGGCAGCAGCCACUCACCCCCUUUCCCAGCUGUUGGUGUCAGGUCAUCUAGAUGGCAAAGUCUCCACAUUGCUGUGGUGGACGUGAGAAGCUGCCCAGCCCAGCCCCGUGCUCUCCAUGCCUGGCUUGCCAUUUGCACCCAGGGAGGCCUUUCACGGGAGGAAAUCGUGUCCCUUUUGCAGUUGGCGCUCUAUGUGCUCUCGUUCCUGGAGCCGCGGGACCUGCUCCGGGCGGCGCAGACCUGUCGCUACUGGCGGAUUUUGGCCGAGGACAACCUGUUGUGGCGGGAGAAGUGCCGCGAUGCAGGUGAGGCUCAGCUCCUGCCCGGUGUUGCUUCCCGGCUGCCCUUGGGCCUCCUCCCUGUCACAGCCGCUUCUCCCUCCUGCAGGUAUUGAGGAGCCCCUGAGUCUGCGCAAGCGCCGGCUGCUCAGCCCAGGCUUCAUGUACAGCCCCUGGAAACUGGCCUUCCUGCGGCAGCACCGAAUCGACAUGAACUGGCGCGGUGGGGAUGCCCGCCCCCCCAAGGUAGGGGACCUCUCUUGACCCCCACCAUUGGGGUGACGUGGUGCAGGGUUUACACACCUCGCCAUGGCCUAAGACGCUACUCUGGGAUCUCCGGGGUGGCUGCACGAUGGGGACCAAAGAGCAGGCUCUGGAGGAAGAGCAACCCAAUGCCUGGGUGCCCAGCUGGGUCCCAGUCCCUGUCCUAUACCAGGCAGGGGCCAGGGCUCAGUGGUGGGCUGGGACAGACAUGUGCCCCAUACUCUUGAGAGCUGCUGCUGCUGCUGCUGAGCUAGGUGGACCAGGCAAGCACCUUUGACUUCUGGCAAAGAAGAUCCAGAAGGUAGAAUUAUUCUGGCUAUUCACAAAUGCGGGAUGGGGGGGGGAGAGACUUGGUUGCUCCUUGAAUUGGGGCUGUCACUGUGGCUGAACCUCCAGCCCUUGCUGAAUUUGAAGUCCGCCUGCUUGAUGCCAGCUCCUGACCGCUGGGCCUGGUCUCAAGCCUUGGAGAACUCAAGGCCACUGGGCUUGGGGAGGAAGCUGCCCCUUCCCUCAACCGCAGAAAGGGGGUGCAGGGUGAUGCCGGCUGGCCUGCUAAUUCUCUCCCUGGACCAGGUUCUGAAGGGCCACGAUGACCAUGUCAUCACCUGCCUUCAGUUUUGCGGCAACCGCAUUGUGAGCGGCUCAGAUGACAACACGCUCAAGGUGUGGUCGGCUGUCACCGGGGAGGUGAGUCUGGGAAAUGGUGCUGUGGGCGGGGGUGGCUGUGGCUCCGCCUUCCUGGCUCUGAGCAUCUUCCUCCUCCUCCCGCAGUGCGUUCAGACCCUGGUGGGGCACACGGGGGGUGUCUGGUCUUCCCAGAUGAGGGACAACAUCGUCAUCAGCGGCUCAACAGACCGCACCCUCAAGGUGUGGAACGCGGACACGGGCGAGUGCGUGCACACCCUCUACGGGCACACCUCCACCGUGCGCUGCAUGCACCUCCACGGCAGCAGGUAGGUUGGGGGGGGAAGUCGCUCCAGGGACCCCUCCUGCCCCUCCUGCCUGGGACUCAAGCUGCUUGUCUCUCCUCCCUUGGCAGGGUGGUGAGUGGGUCCCGGGACGCCACCCUCCGCCUCUGGGACAUCGAGACAGGACAGUGCCUGCACGUGCUGAUGGGCCACGUGGCCGCCGUCCGCUGCGUCCAGUACGACGGGCACAAGGUGGUGAGUGGCGCCUACGACUACACGGUCAAGGUCUGGGACCCCGAGACAGAGAGCUGCAUCCACACCUUGCAAGGCCACACCAAUCGCGUCUACUCCCUGCAGGUGAGGGACCCCGACCCCUUCCCUCCCCACCCCCCGAGUCGCACAGCCCCUCACUCCUCCCACCCCUCUCUUGCGCAGUUUGAUGGGACCCACAUUGUGAGCGGCUCCCUGGACACCUCGAUCCGCGUGUGGGACGCCGAGAGCGGCAACUGCCUGCACACCUUGAUGGGGCACCAGUCCCUGACCAGCGGGAUGGAGCUGCGCGACAACAUCCUGGUCUCUGGCAACGCCGACUCCACGGUCAAGAUCUGGGACAUCAAGACGGGCCAGUGCCUGCAGACCUUGCAAGGUGGGUGCUGCGGGCAGCUGGCUGGGCUGCAGGGACCUGAAACUCCCCAUUGGCCCUCACCAAGUCCUGGGGGGAGGCUUUUCUCCCUCUGGGCAGAGGCCUGCCACCAGGGGCGUCCUCCAGGAAGAGGCGGCUGGGCACGGCAGCGGAUGGCUGCUUCUCACCUUCUUUGCCCCCCUUCUGCAGGUCCCAGCAAGCACCAGAGUGCCGUCACCUGCCUCCAGUUCAGCUCCAAGUUUGUGGUGACCAGCUCAGACGACGGCACCGUCAAGCUGUGGGACCUCAAGACGGGCGAGUUUGUGCGCAACCUGGUGGCGCUGGAGAGUGGCGGCAGCGGGGGGGUGGUCUGGCGCAUCCGGGCCUCCAACACAAAGCUGGUGUGUGCCGUGGGGAGCCGCAACGGAACCGAGGAGACCAAGCUGCUUGUUUUGGAUUUUGACGUGGACCUGAAAUGA